ACUGAAACGAGGUCUACAUUUUAGUACGCACUAGAAUCCGAACAUGAUCAGUUUUGCCAUUUCGUACCUGAGACUGAGACGUAAUUGUUAUAAUAAUCACCACCAUCACGACCACCACCACCACCACCACCACCACCAUGACUCACGCUUUUCAUCAGACCAAAUUUCGUUGGACGGAGAAUCUGACGUCACGGUUUAUUCAGCUGCGGAAAGAGAACGGGAAUUUAUUUACCGGACGGAAGUAUUCCGCUCAGGCGGGAUGGGAACACAUACUCCAACAAAUGAGGCGGGAAUUUCCAACCAUCAUGGCUGACGUCCACUACCGUGUCCUCAAGAAGAAGUGGUCCAAUCUUUUGCAACAAUACAAAGAACUGAAGAACCCGGUACACGGCGACAAGAAUAAAUCAGACGACAUAUCGUGGCCGUUUUACGGUGCAAUCGACGAGGUGCUUGGUGCAGGUUACGGAAAUCGCAACGACGAGGACGACGUUAAUCCGCAUGAAUUUCUAUGCCUUUCGGUGACCCCAGACGAGUCGGCUUCACCGCAAGAUGAGCAACGAGCAGACUCCGAAACCGAGGAAUCGAACUCGAUCACCGCUUUAAGACGGUUGCGAAGUAUCAAUGAAGACUUUUCAAUUGAAAUUGAACGGCUUCCCAGGGUUCCGAUAGGCCGACCUAGAACUUCUGCAACCAGAGCGUCACUGAUCGCGCAAGAAUUGAGGCGUCGGAAUGCGAGCGAGGUUUUGGUCUCACGACUGCCACCAGCGACUGAACUGUCGAUCAAAACUGUGAGCAGAUCGUCAUCGUCCUCGGUGCCAGUUCUCCGGGUCAAUAAUUUUUCAAAGGUCAGAAGUACUAACGCGUCUUCCGAUGUCGGACGAUACUUGCGGAGCGACGACACCUUGGCGGUAACGAAAAUAAACGGCAAUCAUUCCGUGAAAGAUGAAGAUGAAGAUGAUGACGAUGACGAUGACGACGAGGAGGAGGCGGAAGAGGCGGUUGAAGAUGUCGAGGGUAUAGAACUGGAAGAAGAAAUAGAAGAGGUGGAAGAAGAUGAGCCUCCUCAGAAACGAAGGAAGAGAAGGAGACACGAAGAAUCAUGCCACGGUCAUGAAUGCAGUUUAGAAAAAUGUCUGAGCGAGUUUUUCGAGUACACGAAACGUCGUGAUGAAGAAAAUCGUCUGAUCAUGAACCGGAUUCUUACCGCCGUUGAAAGAAUAGCCGAUAAAUAGUGAAAAGUGUGUGUUAUUGAUGUCGUUAGACUCGGUGACUUGUCGAUAUUUUAGUCCAGAAUCGCCUUAUUUUGAGUACCGUGACUGAACCGUUAUAUGCCAUAUACUGUGUCCAACUUUUUCAAACUGAAACUAAUUUU